AAUCCUUUUACUCUGAAAAUAUUUUAUUUAUAGCAAAAAUAUGGAUGGAGGCCAACAGGAGUAAAGCAGACAAGUCUCUUUGCGCUGUUCAAAAGUUUUUAUUUUAUUUGAGCAUAUAUUUAAAUAUGUCGCUCUCACGAACCUCAAAACGUUUUAGAAGAUUAGACUGAAGGGAAGCAUCUCUGCAUCUAUGAUGCUCUCUGCUCGUGAAAAUCUGCUCUGCUGGUUCUAGCUUUGUUUGAGAGCUGGGGGAUGUUGGAGGAUCAGACACAAACGGACCUCUUCGGUAAUGAAGGGAUGGUUUCUGUUUAAAUUCAUCCUCCAAACAGAAAAGAUGAUGAGGAUCUUGUCGGUGAAAGCUCUGCUGGAACGGGGCUGUGGCCUCAGGUCUUUAGGCCAGGACGAGAUCCGGCAGCAGGUUGUUUAGGACCAUGGGGAGGUGAGGGGGGAGCAGAUGAGCAGAACGCGCGCCGGUCCCGGCAAGGAUGAGGCUCGUUCAGGUCCAGCACGUUGUGGAGUCCCGGAGCUUGUUCCCGACAGGAUGAAGACUCACUGCGCGCGUGGAAUCGAAAGGGAAUGAAGAUGAAGAUUAGAGUGUGCCAAGGGGUCGGUGGCAUCCUGGUGGUUACCAUGGUUACAAGCUUCAUAGUGAUGUACAGCAGCAGCAUCUCCAAAGAUGGGUCACCUCCACGAUCACCGCUGUCCUCUCCACGCUGGAACCCCCCCGUUUCAGCCACAAGUAGGGCAGCUCUGAUGGGGUACACCAGCGUCAUGGAUCGCAAGCCUCUGAGGAUGCACUGCAAAACUUGUUCCCUGGUCACCAGCUCGGGCCAGCUAACCGGACACAGAAGGGGGGGAGAAAUCGAUCAGUCUGACUGCGUCAUCCGGAUGAACGACGCUCCCAUCAAAGGGUUCCAGCAGGAUGUCGGGCAGCGCACAGACGUGCGGGUUGUGGCCCACUCCAGCCUGCAGAGGGUGCUGCAGAGCAGGCAGCAGCUGCUGAAUGGGAGCCAGGUCCUGAUCUUCUGGGGGCCAGGCAGCGGCAUGAGGCGGGACGGACGGGGCCAGAUCUACAACACCCUCAGGCUGAUGAGCCAACUGCUGCCCAAACUGAGGCUUUUCGUUAUUUCCAGGAUCAAGAUGCUGAAGUUUGAUGAGUCGUUUAAGGAGGAAACCGGCAUUGAUCGAAAGACGUCCAACUCGUGGUUGAGCACCGGCUGGUUCACCAUGGCCAUAGCUUUGGAGCUGUGUGACAUGAUCAACGUAUAUGGCAUGGUACCUCCUGAUUUCUGCAGAUCCUCCUCCCAUCUCACCGUGCCGUAUCAUUACUAUGAGCCCUGGGGGCCCGAUGAGUGCUCCAUGUACCUCUCCCACGAGAGAAGUCGACACGGAAGCCACCACCGCUUCAUCACCGAGAAGAUGGUGUUUUCAAACUGGGCCAGGACGCUUAACAUCCACUUUUACCAGCCGGACUGGGAGCCUGCUGCCACCAUGACGGGCGGGAACUUUUCACCCCCAGCCAGAUCCGGAAACCCACGGUACAGACCAUCGCAGCGUGCGUCAGGAAACCUGUGGACAGUUUCCAGAGAGCAGAUUUCCUCUUUGGCCACCGUGAAUGUACUAGGCAGCAGAAGGACAGAACAAGCUGUUAGCAGAACGCUUCGCCACUUGGCAGAAUGAGAUCAUCAAGCAGGGGAGGGGAUGAAACCUGCUAGAAGCUUGGAAAGUCAAAGAGACUCAGUUAGAUGCUGGAAUGGCAGAAAGGAGGUUUUCUAAAAAUUUUUAUCUGAGCCGACACAAAGAAAAAGCUAAAAACAGUAAGAACUGGACUAAGUUUCUUUAUUGUCACACUCUUGUAAUGUUGACCUGACAUGCUUUGACCAAAGAACGCAGAAUUCAUCAGAAAUGUUGGACCCAUUUAUUAUUAAAUAUGCCCUAAGUCUGUUUUUCCUCA